CUAUAUAAAUAAAAAUUAGGGAUGGGAAAGUCGAUCCGUCGAUUCUUCGAUACCCCGAUUUUUUGAUACAUAAUCGAUAAUCGAGGAUCGGCGAAAAUCACCGAUUAUUAAAAUUCUGCAGGAUGUAGACGUAAAGUGCUGCCUAGCAGCGGUUCAUCGCUGUCGUUGCAGUAAUUUUAGUCAGUUUUACAACUAAAUAAAUAACCAUAAACGAUAUAAUAAAUAAUAAAUGAAAUAUAACAUAGCUUACCACAGCUCAGUUGCCACAAUCCCGUAAGCGGGAACGGAGGUUGGCGAUUUCGUACUGUGCAUUUAGGGUUAUUUAUUUAUUAACGCAGUGUUAUCGUAUAAAGAAAUUGUAGCCCAACUUUUACUUGCUGAAUACACCCACAUUGGUAGCCAUGUGCACAAAAUUUCAAGAUUCUACUGAGAAGUGUGCCACGUUUUCUACGUUUCUAGUAUAUUUAUUCACUUGCGUUGUUGCAUAUUUAUUUUCGUCAAUGAUUUUUUUUGUUAACCAGCAUUUGUCUAUACAUGAACUUUCACAGGUUUGCCAACUUCCGGUACAGAUCUUAUUCUCAAUUACUUAACGAUAAAAUGCAAGAAUAAUGUGGCCAUAGCCCGUAACAUUUUACGAGUUACGUAUUUUCCGUAAUUUAUUUAAUAACAGUAAACAUUAAAUCACCAGUUAAUUACGCAACUUAAACAUAAAAUUUCAAUGGACGUUUUUGAAACACGUUUUCAUUCCAGUAAGUUACCAGUACGGCAACUGUAGAAAUUUUCUUACAUGCUUUUGUUUCCAGUGAUGCUUCUUUGUUUGAAUGUUGGGUAAUGUUAGCGCAAUACGAAUAGUAAAAUAACAUUUUUAUUUACGUGAUGUCUAGUGAAGUGUGGAAAUACUUUGUCAUCGACCGACAAAAUUCUGGCUACGCAAUAUGUCAAAUCUGUAAAUGUACAAUCUCACGUGGCGGUAAAUCUAAAACUACAACAAACAUGAAAAAACAUCUCGAAAACAAGCAUGGGAGUUACGUUCAUGAGACGAAGAAACAAAGGCUACAUUCAUCGGAAUUGAGCGAGAUUGAAGAAAAUGAAAUAGAUGAUAGUUCAGCACAAAAUUGUUCUUCAGAGACAACCUUGCCAUUGUCAUCAAAUUCAGAUGUUAGGCCUACUGCUACUGAUUCAUCGAGAGGCAGCGGUUCAGUGUCCCCGAGGCAUGCUGAGAAAGUUGGCCAAACGAAUAUUUCAUCAAGAACACCAAACCAGUAUAGGCUAACUCCUAAAAGUCAAUACCAGCCUACAUUACAAUCAUUUAUUGAUAAAACUGCACAAUUCAAGUCCACUGAUCCUCGUGCAAAAUCAAUAACUCAGCACAUAGGUAGAAUGAUGUGCUUAGACAAUCGUCCUUUUAGCAUGGUUGAAGACAGAGGAUUCACAGAAUUUGUCAAAUUCCUUGAGCCUAGGUAUGUUUUGCCCAGCAGAAAACAUUUUUCAAAUACUGUUGUACCACACAUGUACCAAGAAUGUAGGGAAAAUGUGAACAAAAAGUUGGACGAAGCUGAACAUGUGAGUCUUACAACAGAUAUGUGGACUUCAACAGCCAAUGACGAUUAUCUUGGUCUAACUGUGCAUUUUGUUGAUUCCAAUUUUGUCUUGCAACACCUCAACAUUGGGGUUAUUCCCUUUCCUGAAUUAUCUCACACAGGGAACAAUUUGUGCAAUUUUAUCACAGAAACACUUGAAGAAUGGAAGCUGCAAUCUAAAGUUGUUGCCAUUGUAAGAGACAAUGCCAGGAACAUAACUGCUGGCCUAGAAUCAUCCGAAUAUGAACAUCUGCCAUGCCUAGCACAUACCCUGCAGCUUGUUGUAAAGGAAGGGCUACUGAACAACAAGAAUGUAAAUAAUCUGAUUGCCAACGGUCGUCGCAUAGUUGGCCAUUUCAAACAUUCUUGUAAGGCGACAAAAGAGUUAAAGAAGGCUCAAGCCACGCUGAAAAUGAAAAAACAUAAACUUAUCCAGGAUGAACCAACGCGUUGGAAUUCAUCUCUCCAUAUGCUACAGCGCUUACUUGAGCAAAAACAGUCUGUUUCUUUAGCAUCAGCAACUCUGCAGUUACCUGUGACUUUUUCAUCAGCAGAAUGGAACCUGAUGACAAAUGUAGUAAACCUUUUAAGUAUUUUCAACCAUGCAACAUUGGCUGUAAGUACUCAGUGUGUGACAGCCUCAGAAGUCAUACCUAUAAUCAACAGUUCUACUGAAGAGCUAAGGAAACCAGCACCUACUGGAUCAGGUGUACAGGGCAUCAAAAAUGAUAUGCUUGCUGCCAUAACUUUGAAGUAUUCUGAUGUUGAAGAGAAUAUGUUGUACGCAGUUGCAACAUUACUGGACCCACGAUUUAAACACCAUGUUUUUGUGCAGGACGGUAAUGUCACAAAAGCGAAAGUUUUUUUGAUUGAAGAAGCAAGAAAAACUAUCUGUUUGAAACAACCUGAAACUGAGUCUGUGCCGCAAACAUCCAGCCAAGCAAUGGAAAGCCAUGGUAUGUGGACAUUUUACUCAAACAUAAUGAAGACUGCCCCAAGUGUAAGCCACAUCGCAUCAGUUGAAGAUGAGAUUAAUGUUUACUUGGAAGAACCUAUUCAAAAUUCAAGUACCAACGUUUUCCAGUAUUGGAAAGAAAAUACCAAGUACCCAUGUUUAAAAAAACUGUCAAAGAAAUUUCUUUGCAUUCCACCUUCAACUGUACAUUCCGAGCGAUUAUUCAGCACUGCAGGACUGAUUGUUGAUCAGAAACGGAACCGUUUAGAUCCUGAACGAGUCAAAAUGUUGGUUUUUUUAAAUAAGAAUUUGUGAUCUAAUAAGAAUUUAGGAUCUAAUAAGACUUUGUGAUCUAAUAAGAUGCUUUGCCAGUUUUCAUUUAUUAUUUUAAGAACUUUCAAUUUUAUUUUGUCAAAAGUGUUGUUUUUAUGAUAUUUCACUAUGUUGUCAUUUAUUUCAAAGGUAUAAAGAUUGAAUUUGGUAGUUUCUGGUUUUUUACAAUAUUUUUAAUAAUCACAACUUUUUGUGGCUAUUUAAAGUUUGAUUGAUAAAUGUUAAUGAUUGUACAUUUAGUAAUUAAUAUACUAUUUAUUAAAUUGUAUUCCAAUGAAAUUGUUAGUAUUUUGAUGACUUUACGACAAUUCACUUUUUAUUAGUACUACUGACCUAUUACUAAAUUACGUAUUCUCUUUUCAAAAUUACAUAUUCAACUGGAUUAAACAUAAUCCACAUAAAAAAUAAUGCUUGCCCUACACAUUACACAUUACAGAAUAGUAAUUUCAAUUUCUUUAUUUCAAGUAAUGUAAAGUUUUGUUUUAUGUGUUAAAUUUAAUAGUAUUUAUUUAUUAUUUUGAAAAAUGCUUUUUUAGUGUAUUCAAUAAGUAUGUUUACUGAUUCCAUUGUAACUUAUACUUCAAUCCCGAAAAUGAGAAUCUAUAACUUAACCUAAUUGAUUGGAAUCGAUAAUCGAUAAGAAUCGAUGAUCGCAACAAGACUCGAUAAUCGGUAUCGAAUCGAAAAUUUUGAAAAUUUCCCAUCCCUAAUAAAAAUGUAAGGGUUCGUU